AUGAUGUCACGUCCAAAAAAGAUGCGCCCAACAGGACGUUGACCUCAACUGCUGACCCGUGUAUUCUCUACCUACAAGAGUGCGUGCCCGGGCCCAAGGUAAAACCUACAGUAGUCUUUGCACAGGUGUUCAAGCCAUGUCAAUGUUCAGCAGUUUACCAGAUCUUCGCCAGGCGGCGCUAAAUCAGACAGCCCGGCCGCUGCUCGACACCACGCCUCGAUACGAGCCCUUCCAGACUACGGACCAAGUUCUGAAGGAGAAGCAGGGAAGUCUUCGGUUCGGCUGGUUCGGCUUCACGCCUGACUUCCUACAGUUCUUCAACACUUCAAGAUGGCUGCUGUUUUUCAUGAGUAUCGCUGCCUAUGUGGAUUGCACAACUUUUGCGUUUAUCCCCGGCAUCGUGUCUACCUUGGAGAAACGAUUCGAGAUGUCGAGUUCUCAGAGUGGCUUCAUUAUCAGCUCCUCACAGAUCUUCGCGCUCAUCACGGUGCCAAUCAUCACGCACAUCGGCGGGAAGGCUCAUAAGGGCAAGUUGAUCGGCAUUGGAGUCUUAAUGUUCGGGAUUGGUGCCUUUCUGUUUGCAUCUCCACACUACUGGACAGGACCGUACAAAGCACCUGGUGGAAGUUACGUCAUGAACAUGACGUCAUCGACGAUGCCCAACACUCUGUGCCAAUCCUCGACCAAUGGCAGCUCUCCUGAACAAUGUGGAGGAUCCACCCAAAGCUACAGCAACCUGAGCAACUACCUGUACGUGUUCGUGGUGGCUCAGUUCUUCCUGUGCCUGUGUGGAGGCCCCAUGUUCACUGUGGGGGUCGCCUAUCUGGACGAGAACGUCAAGAAGAAGGUUUCUGGACUUUAUGUUGCUGUCCUGUACACAGUAGCCUGUGUUGGCCCAACUAUCGGCUUUCUUGUGAUCGGCCAACUCCUGAGCCUGUAUGUGGAGUGGCCCAGCGAGGAUGGAUAUUCGGCCGGGCUUACGCCCUGGGACCCACGGUGGGUAGGAAACUGGUGGCUUGGGUUCCCUGUAUUGGGUGUUCUGGCUAUCCUCGUCGCAAUUCCACUAUUGGCUUUUCCGAAGAAGCUGCCAGGUUCUGAGGAGUUGGAAGAAGAAGAAGAGGAGCUGCCGACAAAAGCUGACUUGAUCAAGGCCGAAGAAGACGAAGGAGGCGUCUGCUCCAAGGGAAGGACCGUAGAGGGCUUAAAGGACCUUCUAAGAUCUAUCAUGGAUCUUAUCAAGAGUUACUCCUUUUCUCUACUCACCCUCGGAGUGUCCAUCGACGCCUUGGCAUAUAUGGGACUUUUCGCCUUCGCACCAAAAGUGUGCGAGCUGCUUUUCGGCCUUUCCGUCAUGUCAUCCUCUACGUACUUUGGGUUGUCCAUGGUCCCCGGAGCGGCGCUUGGCUCCUUGCUUGGCGGGUUCAUCAGUAAGAAGAUUGGAGUGAACAGUAAGAGGCUGUUGCUGUAUGUUUUCGUCAGCUUCGUGGUCUCAAGCCUACCAGCGUUUGUGUUCCUGAUGCACUGUCCAGAGCCGCACAAGGCUUAUGUCAGCAUAGACAACGUUAACAGCAUGGCCUGCUCUAGCUCCUGCGCCUGCGCAGACAGUCUGCACGACCCGGUGUGCGGAGAGAACGGUGUGCAGUACCAGUCUCCCUGCCAUGCCGGCUGUACCGCUUUGAACUAUACCACCAUGAUUUACUCCGACUGCAGCUGUAUACCAGCCGGUGGGAUGCAGAGCAACUUCACUACAGACGUGACGUCAUUUGCUGCCCAAGGCGCAUGCGCGAGGAAGUGUGAAUCUUACGUCCUGCCCGUGUUCUUUGUCUCCCUGUUUGUCAUGGGCUUCAUCGGUUCAACCGCCGGACCGCCCUUUACGGCGGUGACAUUGAGGCUUGUCCCGCCAAAGCUACGUUCGUUUGGACUUGGGAUGCAGUGGACACUCAUGCGAAUCCUUGGUAUGAUUCCCGGACCCAUUGUUUACGGCCGCGCCAUGGACAACGCGUGCCUACAGUGGCAGACGUCCUGUGGCCAACGGGGUGCCUGUCUAGUUUACGACAGCCGAAAAGUGGGCCUGUUCGUGUUUGGGCUGGGAUUUGGGCUAAGAACUGUGGGCGUGGCUUUAUGUUUCCUGUCUUACUUAGUGUGCAAACCAACACCUGAAGACGGACCCGAAAAUGAUGAAGAGAAAAAUGGUCUAAAACUAGAAAAAGAAGUUAAAGCUUGAGUAGCUUGACAUAAGUGUCAUUUGAUGACGUCGAACCAGUGUUUUGAUUGCAUUUUUCCACUGAGUUGUUUCGCAUUAAAAUUGUUUUUCUUCUCGCAUAUUGAUUCUAAAUUUUCAAUUUGAAAUGAACAACUUUAUACACAAUAACAACUUUUGAACCAUAGCUACAUGUUUGAUACAAGCAUAUACGCAUGUAUGUUUACGCUUGUUGUUUUACUAGGGGUAGCAUCUAACGCCAUUUACAAAGCUCAAGUGUAAUUUUUCAAACUGAUGCGUCAGGAAUAUAUAUAUAUGCUAGUGAGAUGCUUGUUUAUUGAUCGUUGAUAUGUGAAACUAUGCAAUCUCCAAUAGGAGUACAAAAUAUAUCCUAUAUACUAUAAGAUAUAUAUUCUAUAUACUAUCAUAUAUAAAACAUUUAGUUUAAAGUCUGACUAAUUGAAAAGGCCAAGCCAAAGUGCAUAUAAACAUUACAGGAUAGUUGUAAAUUGUCAAUCUCAAAUACGCUCCAAACCUUGGCUACAAUUCAUCACCUUGGCUGCAAUUCAUAUGCUCUUAAGCUUAUCAUAUCCUUAAACAUAUCAUUUCCGAUAAAAUGUAACUAUAGGCCAUUGAACCUGACAUUUCUGUAGAUAUUCGACUAACAUAUAGGAUAUAUCCUUCAAUAGUAAAGAUAACGAUGCCUUUCACGCUUGGUGUCGUAAGCUACGUUUGACGGUGGCCCACAAAGACAACUGUUGGCCUGUACGACGAAUCUUGUCUUUGUAGGCUACCGUAAAGUAUAAGGUGUGAUUGUUUAAAGGGUAUAUCAACCUGUUAUAACCUAUUACUUAAGAUUAUAUAUGAUUCAGGGGAAAACGAUAUUCUGGGUAAUUACGUAAAUCUAAUGAAAUCAGGAAAAGUGAGGCAUAUUGAAGAGUUGCUCCUAACAAGGUUAGAAAUCAUCAAGAUAUUUUUUUACUGUAAAACGGUCUUUCGUAUUAAUGUUAACCACUGUAUGAUUUGAAAUGGCUGCCAUAAUGUAUUGCAUCAUUUAACCAAUUAAUGUAUCUAAAAUGUAAGGCGAAUAAAUCAGGGGAUAAAA